UCGGAACCGGUCACGCAGCGACCUUCUCGAAUAUUCUCUUUUGACGUCAGCAAUAGUUUGACACCAACUAGCGCGCUAGUUUCGCUUCGACAGAACUGAAGGGGCCCUUCUAACCUUUUAAACAAUCGAAAUCUCUCAUUUGUUUGUGUUUUGCGCGAUUGAUGUGACAUGACAAGAGAAGGUGAUUUCAUCAUUUACCUGACGGGAUGUUUGCUUGUGUACGGCAAGCGUGGUGGAAGGUGAUUGGUUGUGGACCCGCUCGUCCCGCCUCUCCGUGGUGAGCUUUUCGCCGCGAUUGGCCGAAGGGAGAGGCGGACUUGGGGGCGGGACUUAUUCGGGUUAGGAGCGCACACUUGUUAUGCGCAAGAAGAGAAGGAAGAAGAAAAGUGGAAGAUGUUGCGAGCUCUUUGCAUCUUCCUGCGUUUUAUUACGCUCGGCGCAUUCGUUCAGCUGACAGGCGUGCUGGACGACUGCUUCUGCGAUGUGGAGAGCAUAGACGUCUUCAACAACUUCAAGAUAUACCCUCGCAUUAAGAAGCUAACCGAGAGGGACUACUUCCGCUACUACAAGGUCAACCUGAAGCGAGAGUGUCCCUUCUGGCCGGACGACGGCCACUGCGCCAUCAGGGACUGCCACGUGGAGCCCUGUCCAGAGAGUCGGGUACCCGCGGGCAUCAAAUCGGGCAAUUAUAACAAGUAUUCGCAGGCCGCCAACCAGCCCGGUGAUGCCGGAGAGUGUCAGCAGGCGCAAGAGUUGGGAGCCAUCAACAGCACGCUCAGCAAUCAGAGCAAAGAGGCGUUUGCUGACUGGGCCAGACACGACGACGCUCAGGAUCAUUUCUGCGAGCUGGAUGACGAGUCGUCGCCGGACGCCGAGUACGUGGACCUGCAGCUGAACCCGGAACGCUACACGGGAUACAAAGGUCCUUCGGCGUGGAGGGUCUGGAACAGCAUCUACGAGGAAAACUGUUUCAAGCCCAGGUCCGUCUACCGACCUUUGAAUCCUUUGGCCCCCAGCAGAGGCGAUGACGGUGAGAGCUUCUACAACUGGCUGGAAGGUUUGUGUUUGGAGAAGCGGGUCUUCUAUCGUCUCAUCUCGGGCCUCCACAGCAGCAUCAACAUCCACCUGUGCGCCGAGUACCUGCUGGACGAGGGCUGGGGCCGACCGGCCUGGGGCCCCAACGUGGAGGAGUUCCGCUCUCGUUUCGACACGGCCGAGACCAAGGGCGAGGGAGCGCGGCGCCUGAAGAACUUGUACUUCCUCUACCUGAUGGAGCUGCGCGCCCUCUACAAAGUGGCGGCCUACUUCGAGCGUGCCGUGGUGGACCUGUACACGGGCAACGGGCGCGAGGACGCCGACACCAAAGAGCUGUUGCUGCAAGUCUUCCACGAGAUCAAAAUGUUCCCCAUGCACUUUGACGAGAAGUCCAUGUUCGCCGGACACGAGAAGGAAGCACAAAGCCUCAAGGAAGAAUUCCGUCUUCACUUCAAGAACAUUUCCAGGAUCAUGGAUUGCGUGGGCUGCAGCAAAUGUCGACUCUGGGGGAAGCUACAGACGCAGGGGCUGGGCACGGCGCUGAAGAUCUUGUUCUCGGAGAAGCAGAUUAAGAAGCUUCCGGAACAUUCUCCCUCCAAAGGCUUCCAGCUGACGCGCCAGGAAGUGGUGGCCUUGAUCAACGGCUUCGCUCGGUUAUCCACCAGCAUCCAUCAGCUGCACAACUUCCGCCUACUGCUCAAAGAGCGCACGUGACAGGAAGUGACCUGCCCGUUUUGGGGGGCAAACGACGUCACCGCCUUCAACUUGAUGACCCAAAAUGCGUGUGUGUUGAGCAACUUCCUGUUUGUUUUGUGCGCGUGUGUGUUGUCACCAGACUGCUUCUUUUUGAUUUGUACAUUAGCACAAAUAGAAGACUUGAUCGCUGUCCUUUUCAUUCUUUUAAGGAUGAUUUACUUUUGUGGCUGUUUUUGUGCCGCGGACCAAAGAAUUGGAAGCUGCCUCAUUUGAAUUUUGUGUUGUUUGCGUGCCGCUAUUUUUGUCUGCUCGAAAACAUUAAAGGUUUGAGUUGACUUUUGACGGGCUAGCCGUGGAUUUUGUUCUGAAAGGAAGCGCCUCGAGCUUGUUAGGAAUAUGAAACAUACAGUAAGUGAUUCAUUUGACUUUGGAUUCAAAUGUCAUAGAGGUUUGCAUGUUUUGUUUUGUGUGUGUUCAAGGUAAUGCAAGAAUGAUCAGGAUAUGUAAUAUUAAACAAGGGGUGAUUACAUUUUGAGGUCAAAGGUGACAGAGGUUUGCAUUUGUGUGUGUGGAUGUUUGUGUUCAAGGUAACGUAAGAAUGAAUGAUAAGGAUAUGUAAUAUAAAAUUAGUUGAUUACAUUUUGAGGUCAAAGGUCACAGAGGUUAGCAUUUCUUUGUGUGUGUGUGGGGGGGGGUGAAUGUGUGUGUUCAAGGUAAUGCAAGAAUGAUCAGGAUAUGUAAUAUAAUACAAGAAGUGAUUACAUUUUGAGGUCAAAGGUCACAGAGGUUUGCAUUUCUUUGUGUGUGUGUGGGGGGGUGAAUGUGCGUGUUCAAGGUAAUCCAAGAAUGAUCAGGAUAUGUAAUAUCAAAAAAUAAAAUUAUUACUUUUUGAGGUCACAGAGGUUUCCAUAGUAUUUUUUGUAUGUGGAUGUUUUUGUGCAAGGUAAUGCUAGAUUGAAUGAUCAGGAUAUUGAUUUUGAGGUCAAAGGUCACAGAGGUUUGCAUUUUUUUUUUUUUGAGUGCGUGUGGAUGUUUGUUUACAAUUUCAUGAAAUGAUCAGGAUAUGUAAUAUAAAACAAGAUGUGAUUGCAUUUUGAGGUCAGAGGUCACAGGUUUGUAUUAAAAGAAAUGCAAGAAUGAAUGAUCAGGAUAUGAAAUAGAGUUCAUUACAUUUAGAGGUCAAAGGUCACUGAGGUUUGCAUUUGUGUGUGUGGAUGUUGAUUAUGAGGAUAUGUAAUAUAAAAUUAGUUGAUUACAUUUUGAGGUCAAAGGUCACAGAGGUUUGCAUUUGUGUGUGUGUGUGUGUGUUUGUGUCAAUGUAAUGCAAGAAUAAAUGAUAAGGAUAUGUAAUAUAAAAUUAGUUGAUUACAUUUUGAGGUCAAAGGUCACAGAGGUUUGCAUUUCUUCGUUUGUGUGUGUGUGGGGGGGGGGGGGGGGUGAAUGUGUGUGUCCAAGGUAAUCCAAGAAUGAUCAGGAUAUGUAAUAUCAAAAAAUAAAAUUAUUACUUUUUGAGGUCACAGAGGUUUCCAUAGUAUUUUUUGUAUCUAGAUGCUUUUGUGCAAGGUAGAUUGAAUUAUCAGGAUAUUGACAUUGAAGUCAAAGGUCACAGAGGUUUGCAUUUUUGUGUGUGUGUGGAUGUUUGUGUUCACAUUAAUGCAAGAAUGAUCAGGAUAUGUAAUAUAAAACAAGAUUUGAUUGCAUUUUGAAGUCAAAGGUCACAGGUUUGUAUUGUUCAAAGAAAUGCACGAAUGAAUGAUCAGGAUAUGUGAUAUAAAAUAAGAGUUCAUUACAUUUAGAGGUCAAACUUCACAGAGGUUUCCAUGGUAUUUUUAUGUGUGAUAGUUUUUGUUCAAGGUAAUGCUGGAUUGAAUGAUCAGGAUACUGAUUUUGAGGUCAAAGGUCACAGAGGUUUGCAUUUUUGUGUGUGGAUAUUUGUGUUCAAGGUAAUGCAAGAAUGAAUGAUCAGAAUAUGUAAUGUAUAAUUAGUUGAUUACAUUUUGAGGUCACAGAGCUUUGCGUCGUUUUGUGUGUAAGAAUGUGUUCAAGGUAAUGCAAGAAUGAUCAGGAUAUGUAAUAUAAAACGUGAUUUCAUUUUGAGGUCAAAUGUCACAGUUUUGUAUUGUUCAAGGAAAUGCAAGAAUGAAUGCUCAGGACAUGUAAUAUAAAAUGAGUUCAUUUUGAGGUUAAAGGUCACAGACGUUUGUGUGUUAUUAUAUUCCAUUUUGAGGUCAAAGGUCAAAUUAUUGUUAAUAUGGGCUAAGGAAAUUAUUUUUUUUGCAAGUAGCGUGCCUUGGGAUUUUUUUGAAUAAAAAAAGUGUGCAGAGGAUAAGGUUGCAAAUAUCUGGGAUAUCAUCGGACAACACAACUUUUUUUUGUAUCCUCUUAUUAAAAUCAGGAUGAUGAUGCUCAUUUUUGUUCAAAUAAUAAACCUUUCUUGCCAUGGCAU